CGACACAUCAGAUCAGAUAGUAUGGAGGAUUCCGGUAUCCUGAUCCUUGUGAAUGAAGAACAAUCUUCCCUACCUAAUAAGUCAUAGACGCGCUAUUCUCCACCACAGUCAAAAUUCAACCCAAUGGGAGAAUGGAAGGAUCUUCACAAGCUGUCGGAGUUGUGAGCCAACGAUGCAAUCACACGCUUUUGAUCGAAUUUCUUACUAUUUCAUAUCCGACGAUUCAUCACAUUCGGAGUUGGCCGAAUUUAUUUGUCUAUUUCGUCGCCCCUCGGUCCCUGGCAGUGAUGCAGACGCCCCGUAAAAGAGCUACGCAGACGCCUUCUCCUCCCAGCAUAAAGAGGACGGGCUCCGGCUUAUUGGAGACGAGAUUUGAUGCAGAUGUGCAAUCGUCGGUGUGGCAUUCGCUCACGGGAUUUGAAGGUGGCAAAGAUGCGAAAGAAAUGCCCCGCUCGUACAAAGGGCUUGUCGACACAUGUUUUGAGGAAGGGCAUUAUGAAUCCGGCAUACAACUUUUGGAUAGACUAAGAUCUCCCAGAUAUAUCCCAACCAUAUCCCAUGUCCGCCAAUUGAUUUAUAUGGCACUCUAUCCUCCGCCGCCGCCACCAUCACCAGUAACUGGGCAGAACGCUUAUGAAUCCCCUCGGAAAGCUCAUGCCAAGCGUCAGCGUCGCUUCCUUGUUCCUUCCGCCGACGCUUCCGUUGGUGCUACCGCUCUCUUAACAGCAUUCAUGCAUACAAAUCACCCAUAUUCUGUCUUCCGUGCCAUCCCGUCUUAUGGUACGCCAAGUACUGGGAAGAAAGGUAUCAAGUUUAAGGACGUAGCCGACAAUGAUGAAACUAUCAACCGUGAAAUGGAAGACUCGCCCAUUGGGAGGGAUGCAAGGGCACUGGGUCAGGUAAAAGAUUGCUGGGGUCUUUUAGAGCCCGGGCUGGUCAAGAGCAAGGACCGAAGGGAAGCCGAAGAGAGUGGUAGUGACGGAGACCGUGAAAGUGAUGAACUGACUUUAGGGAAUAACUCAAAAGUUGCUGCGCGGGUUGUCGGAAAGCAUUCGUGGGGAAUGCUGGAGGUGCUCAUUGAAGGUUUCGAAGAAGACGAGCGGUGGUCCAAGGAGACCAAGGAUGGAACACCUGAUGUAGCGUCUCAAAUACUCCUAACGCAGGUCCCUCAUGCACAGCGUGGGCAACCGUGGAAUGUGGAACGGCCCAUCAACGUUAUCUUUGCUUCGCUCUCGCCUUCCUCUUCCACACUGACUCAGUUGGGAUCACCAAAGGCAAAUCAAGGAAUCUCUAUCGAUCCUUAUCGCGCACAACUCGGAAUCCGGCUGCUCAAACUAUUGAUUAAUGCCGCACUUGCAACACCAAGCAUCAAUCCCUCAUCCUACUUCGCUUUUCACUUGCUCACAUUCAAAAGACGUCGUUUCCUCCCGAAAGUUUACAAUUACUCCUUGACAAUCUUCUGCAAGGGGAUUUAUACCUCCACUUUGUCAUCGCACUUCUCGGGCAGUUCCUCGGAAGAGAGGUUGAAGGAAAUGCCAACGAAACUUUAGGUACGCGACGAUGGAGACCUGCCCCUUCUCGGCCAAGAGCAUCCCAGGUACCAAGUCCAUCUCGGGCCUCUACCUCUGCGAGAUCCUCUCUCAGGACAAGCCCAUCAUCUAGCCCCAAUCUAC